UACAACGCAGUACACAGUCAGAUCUCCAGAGCAGAGGCAUCAUUAGCGGCACAACGGGGAAUCCUAUGGAAACACGGGGUGACUGAUGCUUACUUUUUCUGAAACAACUGAGCAGGAAACCUUUGACAGAGCAAGGAUGAGUUAGCAGCCCAUGACUGCACUGCUGGAAGCGGGAGCCUGUUCUAGUGAAUCAGCAUCAAUUACACAACAUUAUCUUCAGCAGAGUUGCUGGAAGCAAUCUUAGCUGCCUGGAUCUUAGCAGAACCUCCUCAGUGCAUCCUGUUGAUCAUGAAGCACACCAAACCGUCGAACUUCAUGCUGGUGGUGCUCGAAUGCCUAAUAACUGUCAUUUGGGGUUUUCCAUUUGGACCUGUCCUUGAAAUGGAUGUCACCCCCAGGACAACUGUACAUGUCAAUGGGCUGCUGGGUUGUAAUCAUUUCCAUGGAGCUGCAGUCAACUACAGCUCUCUGUUACUGGAGGAUGGGCCUGGCUUGCUGUAUGUUGGAGCCAGAGAGGCCAUUUACAAACUGGACACUGCCAACAUCUCUGACACCAAUAUCUCUUUUUUGCUGGAAUGGGCAGCAUCUGCUGAACAGAAGAGGCAGUGCCUGAGCAAAGGAAAGAACAAUCAGACUGAAUGCUACAAUCACGUGCGAUUCCUGGACAGAUACAACGACACUCACCUGUACACCUGCGGGACGCAUGCCUUCAGACCACGCUGUGCUUACAUAGAUGUGGCACGCUUCACCUUUGUGCGUUUUGAGGAGGGAAAGGAGAAAUGUCCUUAUGACCCUACAAAGAGCUACACUGGAUUUAUAAUAGAUGGUGAGAUGUACUCUGCAUCUCAGUAUGAGUUUCGUGACAUCCCUGAUAUACGGCGCAACUUUCCUUUCCCAAAUUUGCGGACGGACGAUUCUCCAACAAGAUGGCUGCUGGAGUCAGAUUUUGUCGGCUCAGCUUUACUCAGAGAGAGCAUCAACAGCUCCAUCGGGGAUGAUGACAAACUCUACUUCUUCUUCACGGAGAGGAACACAGAACCGACAGCUUACUCCAGCCAGACCAAAGUGGCCAGGGUGGCCCGUGUGUGUAAAGGGGACAUUGGAGGGCAGAGGACUCUUCAGAGGAAGUGGACGUCCUUUCUCAAGGCCAGGCUGGUGUGCGCCAUCCCUGAUUAUGAGCUUCAAUUCAACAUCCUGCGCAGCGUUUUUGUCGUUGAGGGAAGCAACGUACACGACAGUGUCUUCUAUGGCAUUUUUGGACUUGAGUGGAGAAAUGUUAAGAUGUCUGCAGUGUGUCAGUAUUCACUCAGAGAUGUUCAGACAGCUUUUGAUGGGCCUUACAUGGAACUACAGGACUCCAAAUGGAGCGAGUACACUGGGAAAGUUCCGGAGCCGAGGCCUGGCUCGUGUAUAACUGAUCAGCAUCGUGCCCUGCUCCUAAAUUCCUCCCGGGAUCUCCCUGACAACACACUGAAUUUUGCUCGGAGACACCCUUUAAUGUCCAAACAAAUCCAGCCAGUGGGAGGACAUCCUCUGUUGCUCCAGAGGAGCGCGGACUACACCAAGAUCGCUGUACAACAGGUUGUGGGUUUGGAUGGACUCAUCUAUGACAUGCUCUUUAUUGGAACAGAUGAGGGCUGGUUACACAGGGCUGUAAAGAUCAGAGACCGUGUGCAUAUCAUUGAGGAGCUUCAGUUGUUCGAGGAGAAACAGCCAAUCAAUAACAUGGUGAUAUCACAAAAACAGAACAGUAUCUAUGUGAGUGCCCCCUCUGGACUGGUGCAAGUACCCCUGUCAUCCUGUGAGCGCUACACAUCCUGUUAUGAUUGUGUGUUUGCACGAGAUCCACUCUGUGGUUGGGAUGGAAGAACAUGUGCUGAGAUAACAUCUUACGCUAAUAGGUCCAGUCUCAUCCAGGACGUCCAGAUGGGAAGCAGAGGCUGUACUAAUAUUACAAAUGAUGGUUUCGUCAUGCACCGGACACGUGCAGUGAUGGCAGGGGAUGAUGUGCUGUUACAGUGUGAGAUUCGUUCUAACCUGGCCACCCCUUACUGGACGCUGAACGGUCAGCAGCUGCAGGGUUACGGCGUAGAAUUUGGCUACCGCACGGGCAACGACGGCCUCCUCAUCAUCGGCGCUCAGAACCAGCAAAGUGGACACUACCGCUGUUACGCAGUGGAGAACGGCGUCUGGGUUCCCGUUCGCAGUUACGUGGUUCGAGUGCAACCCGUUCCGCCUCCUGCAUCACAUCUCUCAGGAAGCCCCACAGCUCUACCUGAAAGUUUCUUCACCACCAAAACUGUGCCAACUCCGAGUCCUUCCAGCGGUCCUGUUGAGCAGAUCCUGUCACCCCCACCGGCCCCGUUACCUUCUGGGCCGGAGUUCCAGACCUACAGGCACAUGGAGGCCAUGUACAUCUCUCUGGUGGCUGUACUCGGCGGGCUUUGUCUGGUACUAACGGUGGUCCUGCUGUACGUUAGCUUCUGUGCACACAACUCUCCCAAUGCCAGAAAGUACUCCCAGCAAGCUCUGUCUAUAACCACGGCAAGCGAAAGAAAGAGGAGCUCGCACUUUGAGCUCAAAACCAUCUCCAGCCACUGCAAUGGCCGAAUGGAGGGGCGUAGCAGAGCAACGUCGAGAGACGGAGAGUUUCUACAGAUCAUUCAAACAGACAUCCAAACCACGCCGAGUGAGGAGCCUCCGCCCGCGCCACCACUUCCUAUGCCACCGCCCCUGCCCGCCUCGGAAUACGCCAACGGACUGUCGGCCACGUUGCCCAGUGUGCUGAGAAAGAUGAACGGGAACAGCUAUGUGCUCUUGGGGCAGUCGGACUCCGAAAUGACGUCUCCACUUUACCACUCCUUCACAGAGGAGCUCAACAGGAUUCUAGAAAAGAGGAAACACACACAGUUGGACAUCCAACCAGAUGAGAGCUCGGUGUAGCAUGAUCUCACACCAUUACUAUAGCACCCUCUUGUGGUGUGGAGGCUUACAUUUUGUAUAAGACUUAAGAGAACUGUGUUGUGAAGUUCUUCAUAGUAUCUCCGAUAUACACAACUUCAACUUAUUUGGCUUGGCGCCUUUGUGAAUCCUUCAUUUGAAAAUAUGUUAGUGAAAAUAUUUCUGAGUUUGGUCCAAUUUACUUCUGGCCAAUAUUUACUUCUGUCAACUGUAGCUAAAGACGCCUAGACUGUGAACUUUGGAGUGUAAAAAACACAAAAUGAGCUUCAAUCAAGAACACGCAAGACUGAGUUUAGUUAAGUUUCGUUUUAAAGGAGAAUUAAGAGACUUCAAAACACUGUCCAAAGACUUUCUCAGCAAAGCAAUGCAUAUUUGUACAUAAUCAACGUGGUAUUAUUGCUUAAAUGCAGAUGUUUACAGAUUUU